ACCGACAAACACGAGUCUGUGGCUUCGGUUGGCAGCGGCAGCAGCUCCGGAAGGCAACUGAACAACAGCGGAGUCCAGUGAAGACACGAAGCCGCAGCUGCAACUCACUCAACUCUCUGUCUCUCUCCUGAACACUGCACAGGUCGCCGCCUCCUGCUCCCCUCCCUCCCCCCCUCCUCUACCCCCGUGCUGGGGUUUCUACAGACUUUAACUCGAGCUGCUGAAAUUCUCGUCAGAACCAAAACACCGGACAAAUAAAGAGGGGAAGAAAAACACAACGGACGCGCUCUCGGGGGGUGAAAUGUGCGGCGCGAGUCGGUGUCUUGUGAGGAGAGGGUCCGACACUGAGCUGUAGUUUCUCAUCCCAGAGGCGAGGAAUGCAAUCUGAGCAUCAAUGUUUCACUGGGGCAAGUGGAAGAAGAGGAUGGGGGCCAACAGUUCUUCAAAGAGACCCGUGUUCGAUGAGAAGGAAGAUGUGAACUUUGAUCACUUCCAGAUAUUGCGAGCCAUUGGGAAAGGGAGUUUUGGAAAGGUAUGCAUUGUGCAAAAGAGGGACACAGAGAAAAUGUACGCCAUGAAGUACAUGAACAAGCAGCAGUGCGUCGAGAGAGAUGAGGUCCGAAACGUCUUUAGAGAGCUUGAGAUCCUACAGGAAAUUGAACAUGUUUUUUUAGUAAAUCUCUGGUACUCGUUUCAGGAUGAGGAGGACAUGUUCAUGGUGGUGGACCUCCUGCUGGGAGGAGACCUGCGCUACCACCUGCAGCAGAACGUUCAGUUCAGCGAGGACGCUGUCAAACUCUACCUCUGUGAGAUGACACUGGCGCUGGACUACCUGCAGAGCCAGCACAUCAUCCAUAGAGAUGUCAAGCCAGACAAUAUCCUGCUGGAUGAGCAAGGUCAUGUUCACUUGACGGACUUCAACAUUGCAACAAUAAUAAAGAAUGAAGAGAGAGCCACGGCCUUAGCUGGGACCAAGCCCUACAUGGCCCCAGAGAUCUUCCAGUCCUUUAUAAGUGGUGGGUCGGGCUACGCCAUUGAAGUCGACUGGUGGUCACUGGGGGUGACAAUCUUCGAAUUGUUGCGUGGAUGGAGGCCCUAUGAUAUACAUGCCAGUAACUCAGUGGAGUCGCUGAUUCAGCUCUUCAGCACAGUCAGCGUGCAGUACAACCCGGCCUGGCCCAAGGACCUGGUUUCCCUCCUGAGGAAGCUACUGACAGUGAACCCAGAGCACCGUUUCUCCUGCGUGUCCGACAUGCAGACAUCUCCCUACCUCGCUGACGUUAACUGGGACGCCGUGUAUGAGAAGAAGAUGGAGGCCGGAUUUGUCCCUAAUAAAGGUCGCCUCCACUGCGACCCCACCUUUGAAUUGGAGGAGAUGAUCCUGGAGUCGCGUCCUCUUCACAAGAAGAAGAAGAGGCUGGCCAAGAACCGGUCUCGAGACAACAGCAAGGAUUCACAGUCUGAGAAUGACUACCUACAGGAGUGCCUUGAAGUGGUGCAGCAAGAGUUCAUGAUCUUCAACCGGGAGAGGUUGGAAAGGCGUCCGGACGAGGGCCAGUCAGAGGCCGUGGCCGAAGAUGCCAGUGGAGAUGGGGAGAGGGAGGCCGAAGCCGGGGCCACCAGCGAUGACGCACCUGAGCCAGAACCUGAUCCCGGUCCUGAGCCGGAGCCUGAGUCCUCCUCCAAGCGGAGCAUGUGCGGCUCGGUGUGCUCCUCCCCCGGCAGCUGCUAGCACCACAUCGCCUCACAGUGACGAUUGCCGGUCUCUCUGGCCGCUGCAGUGUUUGUGCCAUACCAGUAGAUACGUUCUCACCUCUCUCCUCUAUUGUAGCUAGGGUUGGAGGAAACGCACAGCAGGGCAACUUGGAGCACAGCAGGACCUAAAGUGGCCCCCACCAUUUCUCUUAUCGUUUUCUUUUUUUCUGUAGCAUCCUUCCGGUAAGGCAUGAAUGAAGCAGAGUCCCAGAGAGUCCCCACCUAGAGUAAGCUCUAACUUCUAUGCAAUGUUACAGUAUAGCAUGACAAAUAAGGUAUCAGUUACAAGGAGGUGUUGUUCAGGAGCAGAGAGCCCCACGAGCAUGAUGACAUCCCGAGCAAUAGCGGUGCUGGGUUUUAGUGGGAUUGGUGGUUUCGGUGGACACGUAUCCCUCCCCCCUCAGACUUCCUGUUCAAAAUCUGAUGGGGUCGACUGAAUUAUUCACACACGCAGGCACUCAAGUUUAUGUUAUUGCCUGUGUCUUCUUCCUUCUGCCCUUUUCAUGUAUUGUGUGCCCUAAUUCAGAAAAAUCCUUUUUCCCCUGGAGCGCCGUCCUUCUAUUGUAACACCUUUAUGAGACACAAUAAGCGUUAAUGGCUGUUUUCAAGCGAGCGAGACAGUGUGGCUGGUUUUCAUGUUGUAAACCUGUUUAAAGUGACGCCUGUUGAUGAUAAUCACUUUUUGUGAAUAACAGUGUAGCCAUGCUUGUUUGAUUUUCCUCCUUAAGCAUUAACCAACUUGUUUCUCUGAGCAUUUUUAGGAUGACCGCGCACGGGAAAUCUAUGGGAAAUUAGUGCGGCAAUCAAGAUGAGAGGUUUCACUUGUCACUGCUAUGGUUCCCAAGAUGUAGUAUUUUAGCACACGCUCUUAUUUAGAGAGCAUUCAGAAGCUCGGCUGUAGGGAAUAAAUAUAAACAAGCUACAGUCACCUCCUUUAAUAAUCAUUAGAAUGCUCUAUUUGCUUCAAUAGAUACCAUCAUCUCUUUAAGUGCUUGGUUAGUAUAAAGAUCAUCUCCAUCUAGAGUUUAUUUUGGGGCCGAACUUAAAUGUGUAGCUGUGUCCUGUUGGUAUAGAUGAGAUAUGCUAUUACUGUCAUCACGAUAGUGUUACAUUUAAGGUGGCACCAUUGAUCUCAGUCUGAACACCUGGGAACAUGUAGCAAAAGUCCACCUUAAAACCCUAAGGCCUAAUAAAAUAAAAACCGUGUAAAUAGCAUAAAGUGUAGGUUAUUAAACUCACCACAGUUUUAUGUGGGACUUCGAACUUGACGUAUAAACUAAAGGAAGAGCUGCGUGAAGCUUCUAAUGCUUCGUCCUGCUCCUCUUUCCAAGUGUGCAGGCACAACUUGUAGGCAAAAUAUGCCAAAGCUUUUCUACCAUUUGCAUAACCAUUUCUAAGGAGCUUAAAGUGUGUGAAUGUAUGUCUCUGUUUCCCAGUACAACAUAAAGUCAGCGCUCCUUCUGCAAGUGAAAAAAAUACUAUCAUUUAUACAAUCAUAUUGUGUAUAAAGUAUCUAUUUCAGGUAAGGGGGUGACCUCAAAGUUAUAAUUUUGGGAAGUAUGUCUAUUCGCUUUUUAUCUAAAGGAUGAAAUGAGAAUAUAGAUGCUACCACUAAGUCCUGUAGAGCUGAGAGGUAAUUUGCCUUUCUUAUCUUAUCUUGGCUUAGCUUAGCCGAGUUUAACACAAAGACUUGUGUGUGUAUAAUCAAUAUCUAAAUUAUCAAUUAAAAUUAAUUCACAUACUCUGUUUGGCCAGGACUACAGCCAGGAACAGUACAUUUCCAGACAUUUCCAUGGAGCCUCCACGAGGGCUGGCCAGUAAAGUAAUGGCCAAAGAUCCCCCCUAAAAAACAGAGACUGAUGAUUAACAAUCAUUUCAUAGGGUAGGGUAACACUGUAGCACUGUUGUGGCUUGUUUUUUGUCAAUACGGUCAUUUUAGGAGGAGGAUUCUAUCAAUCCCAGGGGUGAGUUGACAGACCGCUAUGUUAUGUUACACCGUGGGCGAACGCAGUUAACUCUACUAAAAGACCACUCCCCGUCCAGUAGGUUUAACAUGGAUUGAAUGUCCUAAGCACUUGAUGAAAAACUUUGUGUUGUAACAUUUCUGCAAGUGUAGGCAAAUGGAAAAUUAGUGAACUUUACAGUAUAUUGUCUCAGUGGCUAUAUUUAAACUUGCAAUGGUCGUCCAAUUGAUUCUUCAAAGUUUAGGUCAGUUCAGUUUAUUUGAAGUUUUUUUAAAUGUAAAAUUAAAAUACUUUUGUUGAAAAUAAUUCACAAAAUAGAUAAUUAGCAUCAAUAUUUCAUUUUACAAAUGUAAUUUGGUAUGUUCUUUGCUGCUCGCUAUCGUUAGCCACUGGUGAACCAACAUUCUGUUCUAUUCCUCUUUUUUUAUGGUUUUCUAAAGAGUACUUUUUGAUUAAUAAUAGAUAAAUUGUCUUGCUAGGCUAUGUUAGCAAAGCACUACUGGCGGAGGCAGUUUACUUCUACCUAAAGAGGUAAUAGACUCCAGAUUGAGACAGUCAACAAUAACUUGUAAAAGUUCGAAUGAUUGAUCCCUUCACUAUACCAGUUAUUAAUACCAAGUAAUAUAUGGCCGUGCUGUGAUAGUCAGCUAACAUUAAACAUGCUUACAGAUCAGCCGGCUAGCAUUAGCGGUAGCAAUCUUCUCAUCUCACCCUCACAAAGAAGGCAAAUAAGUGUACUUCCCAAAAUGUUAAUCUAUUUCUACAAACACUAUACAUUAUAAUUAGAUUAAGAAGCUUCUUUAAAGGGAUUUAAAAGUGGCAUCCUCAAAGUUUGGCAAAAUAUAUUAUUAGUUUAAUACUAUCAAGCCCUGUGCUUUUUUUUUGCAUGUACCUUUACAGUAUAAGCCUGUUCCUGCCAAAGUCUUGAGCUUGAGCCUCUACUGGCUGAUUCGUGCAUGCACAAGCUUUUGGUAAUAGCUUACCUUGGUACUCACCGCAUUAUCGACACAGUCCAAAUCAGAGUGUAACUGGCCUGCGUCACUGCUCCUGGACAGUGAUCUUUGUGAACUUUAAACUGUAAAAAAUUGUGUAAUCCCAGUGUUAUAUGGACGGCAUGAUAUUUUUAGAUGAUAUGCAGUACCUUUGGCAUCCUGUAGGGUGUCGUGAUGCUCUGUUCAAGCAUUCAGGCUCGUACCCUCAUUGUAUGAGCAAGUUGAGGCCAGCGGCUCUGUGUGAUGAUCUGUUGUGGGUUAAGUGUUGCGUUAUUGUUUGUGCAGAAAGAAGAAAUUGGAACUGGGGCAGGUUUUCUCUUCACCCCGACACAGAAUUUGCUGCAUUAUUAAAAUCACUGAAUGUCUCCAUUCGUGGAAAAGAAAGCUCAAUCAUAUCUAAGACUCUUUAAAUGAGAAAACACAUCAUCAGAGUUGGCACAGGCCUGAAAUGGAUGUGUUCAAUUACAUGUUCGUCAUCUGUAAAUGGAUUAAAAACUGACUUUGGCGGUUCAUUUAAGUGUGGCUUUUCUCUAAGUUACAAUACUAAUCUACGGUUUUGACAUUUGUUCCUUGAUGUCAGUGAUCAUUCCUAAUUGGGCCGUGCUUGCAAACCUUACUGACAUGUUUCUUUGUGUGUUAAUGUUCUGGAUGCUGUUAGGUGUUUAAAAAAAAAACAGGCAUUGUGCUAGUGUUUGACCAAGCAGCAGCAUGUCUCCUAUGAUUGAUGCUCUCAAGGCGUACCAUACUGUAGAUGUCUUUAUCUCUGUGGAUACAGUUUGAAACUCAGUGGCCUGGUGAGAAAACAAAUCCACAAGAAAAUGUGAUUUAUGCUUCUCUUUUCCUCCUUGUGAUCCUAUUUUGCAUAAUGCACUUGUGCUGUAGGAUUUCUUUUUUCACAGGGAGUCAGUGAAAGCCUUGUUACUGUACCAACUGAAAAUGCUCUGUGUGUUUAAAAACAUGCUGCUUAACUGCUUUGAUAACGAAAUAAAACUCCUUCCAGUAA